AUGUUCCACAAUUUCGCCUACGCGUGUGCCUUCGCCACGCUGCUAGCUGUACCUGCGACGGCAAGAGACGUUCCAGCUAACGUUGAGGCCUUUUACGACCAAUUUCGUGGCCGGCAGCAAUGCUCCAACACCCUCAAGACCGGCUUUCAUAGCAAGGAGGGCGGCAAAGGAGAUUACAGCUAUUGUGGCGACUACUUGAGCAAUUACAAUGUAGUCUACAUCCAGGGUUCGGGAGGUCGCCUCACGAACAUGGACAUUGAUUGCGAUGGUACACAGACUCAUGGAGACGGCCGAUGCGGUUCUUCGACCGACACGCAGUCGCAAACGUCUUUCAAGUCCGAAAUUCAAGAUUACCAGGCUGGGAUCAAGGACCUGAACGCCUAUGUUCACCCUUACGUUGUUUUUGGCAACGAUGGAUCCAAGCCCGGCUGGCCUACCUUCGACCCGAAGAAGCACGGCAUUGAGCCCCUGAGCAUCAUGGCCGUUGUCUGCAACAACCAAGUUGUGAGUUUAUCCCCUAUACCCUUCAUCUAUGGCGUCUGGGGUGACACUAACGGCGAUGAUGGCAGCCAAGCCAUGGUCGGUGAAGCCUCGAUUUCUCUUGCCACGGCCUGUUUUGGAACUGGCAUGAAUGGCAAUGCUGGACAUGACCAAACAGAUGUACUCUACAUUGCGUUCCCGGGCAAAGACGCCGUUCCUGGCGCUCAGGGUGCCAAGUGGGCCGCAGGCUCCUACGAUGAGUUUGAAGGCAGUAUCUCGGCCCUCGGCAAUCGUCUUCUCAAGAGGAUCCGAGCUUGA